AUGGGUCUCCUUGAUAUUGUUCCUCCUGGUGUCGUUACUGGCAAGAAUCUCUUAAAGCUCUUUGAAUACGCUCGUGCCAAUAACUUUGCUAUUCCUGCUAUCAACUGUACCUCUACCAGUACCGUUAAUGCUGCUCUUGAAGCUGCCCGUGAUAUUAACUCCCCUAUCAUCAUUCAAUUCUCCCAAGGUGGUUCUGCUUACUUUGCUGGUAAGGGUUUAGAUAACAAGAACCAAGAGGCUUCCAUCAUUGGUGCCGUCGCUGGUGCUCAGUACGUCCGUGCCGUCGCCAAGGCCUACGGUAUCCCCGUCGUCGUUCACUCUGACCAUUGUGCAAAGAAGCUCUUGCCUUGGUUUGAUGGUAUGCUCGAAGCUGAUGAGCAAUACUACAAGGCUCACGGUGAACCUCUCUUCUCUUCUCACAUGCUUGAUCUCUCUGAGGAAUCCAAGGAGGAAAACAUUGAGAUCUGCUUAAAGUACCUCAAGAGAAUGGCUGCUAUUGACUGCUGGCUCGAAAUGGAAAUUGGUAUCACUGGUGGUGAAGAAGAUGGUGUCGAUAACUCUGGUGUUGACAACGCUGCUCUCUACACACAACCUGAAGACAUCUGGGAUAUCUACAAGGCUUUCAAGGAAGUAAGUAAUCUCUUCUCCAUUGCUGCUGGUUUCGGUAACGUUCACGGUGUCUAUGCUCCUGGUAACGUCAAGUUGCACCCCGAACUCUUGGGUAAGCACCAGGCUUACGUUAAGGAUAAGCUCCAGAACGAUGACCCCAAGCCUGUCUUCUUCGUCUUCCACGGUGGUUCCGGAUCUACUGAAGAUGAAAUUGCCGAAGCUGUUCGCAACGGUGUUGUCAAGAUGAACGUUGAUACCGAUACCCAAUGGGCUUACUGGAAGGGUAUUAAGGAAUUCUAUGAAAACAAAAAGGAUUACCUUCAAGCUCAAGUUGGUAACCCCGAAGGUCCCAACAAGCCAAACAAGAAGUACUACGACCCUCGUGUUUUCAUUCGUGAAGCUGAAAAGUCUAUGACUAAGAGAGUUCAACAAGCUUGUAAGGACUUGGGCAAUGUUAACACAUUGUAA